AUGACCACGCUCUCUACCCCUCGAGGCCGCUCGGCCCUGGCCGUCAGUAUCGUCUUCACCUCCCUGGCUACGGCUAUGGUGCUAGUCCGGAUUUACACUCGAGCCGUGAUGGUGAAGCAGAUGGGACCUGACGAUUACACUAUCUUGAUUUCUCUGGCUUUCUCAUGGGCGUUCUUCGGUCUGUACGUUGGUGAGGUUUACCACGGCCUGGGCGAAUCUUACGCUCUCAUCCCGGCUGCAAUCUUCAAAACGCAGAUGCUCUGCUUCUGGGCAUCAGUCCCCAUUUACCAGAGCAGUCUAAUCACCACCAAGUUGUCAAUUCUUCUACAAUACCGACGAGUCUUCUCAACACCGAGGAUGCGCCUCGCCUGUAACCUGCUGAUUGGCUUCCUCGCCCUGUACGGAACAUGGACCGUCGUCAGCGCGUGGGCAAACUGCGUUCCUCUCGCCAAAUUCUGGGAUGAUACUAUCCCAGGUUUCUGCUUUAAUAAGGAGGCACUGUGGUUCUCCAACUCUGCUAUUCAUAUCUUGACGGAUAUCUUGAUCUUGAUUUAUCCCAUGCCAGUGCUCAAGUCUCUGCAGCUGCCCAAGAGGCAGAAGGUGGCGUUGAUGGGUGUCUUUGCACUCGGUGGAUUCGUUUUGCUCACCAGUAUCCUCCGUCUCAGGAGUAUCUACGUGAUUACCCACUCUUCCGAUCCAACCUACGACAACGUCGGUGCCGCUGAAUGGUCCGCCAUCGAAUGCAACGUCGCCAUCAUCUGUGCCUCCCUCCCCAGCAUUCGUCCCUUCCUAUCAAACCUCCUCCCCCAUAUCUUCUCAACCGGCAGCAACGGCUACCGCAGCCGCACGACUCGCCCAUCCCGCACAGGCCGUAGCCAUCUCACGGGAACAUUCACAAACACCCAAGUCCAAGCCUCCGUCAUCGGCGGUCACGACCGCGACUACGACCUUGAUAAGCUCUCGGCUUCACAAUCGUCUUUCGAUAACCAUGAUAAGUACGGUGGUAGCAAGGAUGGCUUCUCGGGCAUCAAGGUUACCACAUUCGUCACACAGGAGUCUACCUCUCACCAGGCUCCGAAUGAUGAGACUGGGAGUACGAAAGAUCUUGUGCGUGAGCAUAGCUUUUGA